CCAAAAGUGUCGAAUUUAAAAAACAUCACAUUCGCUUCAUUUCCAAGUUUAACCCGACUUUGCAAUGGAAGUAGCCAUUACUGAAACAAAUGUUGUUGUACAAGGGCCGAGAAUUGUUACACGUUUGCCCACGCGAGCUAUCGAAAUGCAGUGGGAUAUCGAAGAUUUUAAAAUACUUCUCGGACUUGAAGACGGAUUGGAAAGGAUCCGACUUCCAUUCGAAUUUGGACCAGAAACCGGGAUCAAAUCGCGGUGGGAAUUCUUCUUUUGUAAAGAUUCCCGCGGAUGGAUGGGAUUCUGGUUGAAAAUGUUAAAAUUCGAGGAGACCAAUAUAAAUGUGGAGGUUUCUGGACGUCUAGAAUCUCAAGGUGCUAUUGAAUUGGCGCAACGGGACUCAGAUAUAGAAUUUGCUGACUCUACACCCGAAACCUAUUUUUCACAUGGAACCUUCAGAUCCGCCAAUCUAACCCAUGUCGUUUUUCCAAAUAUGGCAAAAGGCUUAAAGUGUUCCUACAUUUGUCCAACCAACCUCCAUUCCAUCCUGACUGAGGGUACUUUAGCGUUACGUCUUAAGUUUACGGUCUUUCUCAACAAAUUCGUGGACACGGUUAAGGAACCCGCGUGUGCCGGUAUCAAAGCAAAGUCGGUGUGUCGCCUUAAUCAACAAAACUUAAUGUUGGCCAUGUUCUUGGAAGGGAUUGGUUCCGACGUGACAAUCCUGACGAGGGAUGACCAACACGUCAAAGCCCACAAGUGCAUCCUCUCCGCAAGCAGUUCCGUCUUUAGAGCCAUGUUUUCCACCCAGAUGUCAGAGAAGGAGGCCGGGAUGGUGGAAAUGUCCGAUAUUGGAUCGCAAGCCUUGAACGUUUUUCUCAGAUUUUGCUACACCGGAGAAAUUGAGGACAAUUGGGGCGAGUUUUAUGCAGAACUUAUAUACGCGGCGGAUAAGUACGACAUGCCGCUGCUGAUGGAUUUUUUCGACAAUAUGCUCCCCACCCUGUGCACAAAGGAAAAUUGUCUGGAUCUCGCCAAGGUGGCCAAUCUACACAAACUUGGUAAUGCUAAAGAGCACAUAAAGCGGGUGGUUGCCAGAGACGUUGAUCUAUUUAUAGAUCGGUUGUUGCAAUUCGAAUAAUGCAAGACGUGAAUUCACAUAUACUCAAAAUAAUUCUGCAUUUAUUACCCUAGCUAAACCACCAUGGUAAUAAGUUUGUCAUCAUUGGUAGUAAAUUUUGCCGCUAGCCUGUUAAUAUUUCAACUCCUCAUCAUUCAAAUAAAUUUAUUACCAGUCUGUAACAAAUUUAGCACCAGGGUUGCUGAUGUGGUCGAACUUUCCCUAUUCCCUUAUCGUCGGAUGCCCGCUAACUUUUAAGAUUUAAAAUUGAAUGGAAGGGGGCAAGCACACAUAAC